AUGGGUGGCGGGCAAUCCACUCAAGCAAGAAGUUACUCCAGCGAACCCCGAUAUGAUCGACCGAACAAGCGAGUCAAGCCAUCCGGGCCUGAAUUGUCCAACACGAAUUUGUCCCACUCCUUCCCUCCCCCGAGUUCUCUCCACCAGCCGCUAGAAGCAAUCGAAGACGAAGAAACGCAAAGCUCGCCGCAAAAGUAUCACGAUUUGACCCGAGAAGACUCUAUGGUCGAAACUAUCGAUGGCUCAAGCAUCAUCAGUCUCGGUAGGACUGCAGGAGCUACGAGCAACCAGCAAGAGUACCGCAAUGUUCACCGUCACAACAGCGUGAAACGUCCCCGACGGCGGCGCAGACAGGAAUCCAAAAUAUCCUCGUCACCUAUCGAAAUUGACGAUACGAGUGCCGUUGCGCACCGAAACCUUGCUCCUCAAACUUCACACCCCCCUACAAGCCCAGACCAAUUAGCUGGCGAAAAUGAGGAUGGUCCGCCACCCGCCAACGUCACAUCUGAUGUCGUUUCUCAUGCAAAGCGGCCAGCAACAGAAUAUAGCCAGAGCGCGCCAAAGCGGUUCAAGGUGCACUCGCAGCAGUCUGAUGAUGAGCUUGCGCCUAGAGCUCCUGGGCCCCGUGAGGCAGUCAAGAAGCCUGCCUUCCCGAAGCUAAUUUCACAACCGCGAAUCCAACGGGGUGACAUACAGUCUACCACAUUCAAAGCAACAAAAGCCAUGCCGGGGCGCGAAAACCUGGCUAACAAGGGAUUAGCGACGAGAGAUGUUCCCUUAGAGGCUGCAGUCUGUGGGAAAUACUCAUUCUCUCCAACAGACAAUCUUGAGCCAGUCAUCCUUCGACUUGGUCCCGACGCUGCUGAGCCCAUGCAUGAGAAUAGCGGAGAUCUCUCCUGGCUUCAGGUUUCGCAGUCUUCAAUUCAAGAUGUCAAACACAAUAACACUAAUAGCCCCAUUGUCCUCAUUGGUCGCUCAGCCAGAGCAUCUUUUUCCUGCGGCAAACUCGCACUGAAGUUUCUGACCGACGCAGACGCCUCAUUCUUCAUCCACUGGUUGCAAGGCUUGCCAUGCCUCUCUGAAUGCAGCCCAAGCAAGCUGGAUGCAACAUUCCAUUGCGCAAAGAAAGAGGCCGACGGUUACAGGACAAGCUCAGCGAAGGCAUCUGGUAUAUUCUUACCGGAUCAAAAUCAUAGGGCCCACGAUUUCAGAUCUCAGCAGCACCACAGAGAUCCUUUCUUAGGUGAUCCUGUCUCGCCUGGCCUUCCUGCUUUGAAACAAAAGAAGCUCAGGGAUGGGAUGCAAAGCAACCUUGAGCCAAACGACGGUGUGCAAAUGGAACCGCCCGACACCGAUGAUGUGUUUACAGGGUUGGCUCGCAACCCAAGGCUCGCGACUCGGCAAUCAACAAGAAGAGAAUCUCCGCAAUCUCAAUAUGGAAGAACCCUGAAACCAUGGACGGUUUGCAAUCCUGGUUGGGAGAAAAAGUGGCACAGAUCUUUGGUGUGGCCUCCAACAGGAAAGAACCGGGCAACAGUCGAUAAAGAUGAUAUCCAACGGCUGGAUGAAGGCGAAUUUCUCAACGACAAUAUUAUCAGCUUUUAUCUUCGCUAUCUACAAGACCGGCUUGAGAAAGAGCGGCCAGAGGUCCUCAAGAAGGUGUACAUUUUUAGUACAUUCUUCUUCGAGAAGCUCAGAUCAAAUCGUGGCAAGAUCAACUAUGAUGGGGUCAAAGCCUGGACUGCCCGCGUCGAACUGCUGUCAUACGAGUUCAUUGUUGUUCCCGUUAACGAAAACGCGCACUGGUACCUGGCCAUUAUAUACAAUGCACCUCGUCUUCUGCAACAAGAGGUGAAAGCGGAACCAAACAUCAAGGAGUCUUGGAAUACACAAGAUGCAAUAAUUGUUGAGGAUAAUGACCCAGUAAUGAAUCGUGCAGAGAGUCUUCCUGCUGCAACAAAGCCUCCCAUUGUGUCUAUAGAUGUGGAAGUUACCCGCUCAACCAGAAGCCGGGCGAUUAAUGACAGCAACCCUUCUCUAAUUGAUGACAAGCAUACGCCGAGCAUAGCGACUCCUGGCAGAACAAACAAACGACAGUCGACUGGAGGAAACCAGAAGUUCAGCCUUGACGAUUCAAAAAUCAUUACACUCGACUCGCUAGGCUCAUCGCAUCCACCAACCUGCAGGUGUCUAAAGGACUAUCUCUUUGAGGAAGCAAGGCACAAGAAGGGCUUCGAGAUCAACAGUGUACCCAGCGGCAUGACUGCUCGAGGCAUUCCGAUGCAAGACAAUUUCUGCGACUGUGGUGUGUACGUCCUGGGUUACAUGGAAAAUUUCCUGAAGGACCCAGAUGAGGCUGUUCGAAGACUCCUUCACAAAGAAGACACCGAAUGGAAAAUCAACGCCCCUGAGAUUCGUGCCAAGGUGAGGGAUCUUCUCUUCGAAUGUCAAGAGAAGCAGCAUGAGCGUCUAGAAAAAGAAAAGGAGAUAAAGAGACAGCGGAGGGCAACAAGGGGUCCCGUCUCCUCACCGCAGAUACCUGCCUCUUCACCACAGGUGCCCCGAAGAGAACCAGAGACACCACAAGUCAGCCGUUAUCUAACAACCCCAUCAGUAAACGGCGCCAGUGGCUCGCCCAUUGAGGCGGCUAGACAAACAGGGACCACUUCUUCAUAUUUUGCAGUUGCUUCUGCCGAGAGGCCAGGCCAGUCCCCAACGUCCAAAAGAGUUGAUGAACCAUCCCUCGUCCAACCUCUCAGAGAGGACUCGGGCAAUGAGUCUAAGGCCUCUAGCUCAGGAGAUGUGUAUCACUCGGCUCGAUCAUCGCCUAUCAACAGCGUACCACCUGUCCCUUCUGGGUUGACCACAGAAGGGUUGCGCGACGAGCGGCCGCCUAAGCAGCCUUCAACUCCUGAAUUCGUACACAAGUUACCUGACUCGCCUGAUGGCAUGGCCCCAACAGCCACUUCAUCUACUGUGAAGAGGGCUAGUUCACCGCUGCUCUCUCUAGUAACAAGACAGCAUCCAUCGCCAGGAUCUGGAGGCAGCCAGCGAGCUGUUCAGCUCGAACAGACUAUUGUGAGAAGCAUAGAGGACGACAUGUCACCUCCAAGAGGACCACAAUAUGACGGAGUUGAUCAGUCUAUCGACUUGACAGUAUAA